AUGAAAGAUAAAGUACAUCAAUUUUCAAUAUCAGAAACAUCAAGUAUUCAUUCACGUCCACUAAGUAAACAACCAACAAGAAAUGCAUCAGUUCCUAUACAUACAACAAUAUCAUUUGAUGAUUAUGUUCAUUAUGCAGCACCAAAAUCUUCAAAUAUAAAAUCACUAUAUCCACCAGCAGCAGUAACUUUAGGUAGAAAUGCAUUUGAUAGAUAUGGAGAUCAAGUAUCUGAUUUUGAAGUUAUUUCAUGUAAUGGAGAUAGAAUUCCUGUAUCAAUGGCAGUAUUAUUAAAAAGGUGGGGUAAAUAUUUUGCAUUGAUUUUAGCAAGAAGUUAUGUAUUAGCUGCUGAAAAUUUUGAAGCUGGACUUUCAAAUAAUUUAAAGGGUGAUUGGACAAAAUUAACAAAUGAUUCAAGUGAGGAUUUAAACAAAAAAUCUUAUGGUGAAGUACCACAUUUUAGAAUUCCAUUUCAAGAAUCAAAAGAAUCCUUGGAUAAACCAACAACUAAUAAAACAGAGAAGAAAAUUACUCAACCUCAAAUAAAUGAAUUACCACCUCAACCACCAGUACCCACUGAGCCAAUACCUGCAGUACCUUCUCAAACUACUUUUAAAAAUACAUCAAGAGCUGGUUCUCAAGAUCAUAAUUCACCUAGAUCAUCUUUAAUGCAUACAUUAUCAGUUUUGAGAAAUAUACCAACUACAGGAAAAUCACCAAGAGAAUCACCUUUUUCAUCUCCAAGAGCUUCAUAUUCUGGUCAAGGUAGUGUCUCAAAUGAAUUAAGAAGUUCACCAUUUCCUAACUUAAGACCUAAUUUUGGAAGUGCAUCAUCAGAUUUAAAACUUUCUUCAAUAGAUUCUGGAGUUGGUAGUUCUGAAAUGAGUGAUUCAACAAGACAUCCAUCAGAAAUUGAUGUCGAUGAUGAAGAGGAUGAAGAAGAGGGAGCUCACGAAGAGGAAGAAGAAAUAGAAUCAGAUACUGAAUCAGACAUUCUUGAUUAUGAAAAAAAGACAUAUCCAAUGGAACCAGCAUUAGUGCCUCGAAAAUUAUAUCUUCCGUUUUCAACAAAUAGUGUGAAAGCAUUUUGUGAAUUUUUUUAUACUGGACAAAUUGGAAGUAAAUGGUCAUUAGCUCCAACAUUAUUAGAUAAUUUUAUGAUUUCAAAAUUUUAUAAAAUUCCAUUACUUUAUGAUUCAAUAUUAGAAAUUUUAAUUACUAUUUUAAAAAGAAAAGAAGAUCAAAUAUUAUCAAAUCUAAGCUCGGAACAAAGAUUGGAAUAUGAAGAAUUCAUAUAUUUUAUAAACAAAGGACAAAUAAAAAAAGAAGAUUUACAAAAAUAUUCAGAUUUAAAUAUUGUUGAAGAUAGAGAAUUUGAUGAAAAUGAUCAAGAACAAAUAAAUUUAGCUUAUCAAGAAAGUGAAGAUUUAUCAGCACCAAAUGUUGGUCCCAGAGUAAGAUCUAUUUUUGAUAGAAGUUCAAUAAUAAAUAAAGCUUUACAAGAUGAUGAAAAUGAAGAUAGAAGAAGUAAAUUAAAUUUUAUAACUGUUGAAGAAUUGGUUGAUCCAAAUUCUAUUAAUAGUAUUAAUGAUAUUGUAAUUGAAGCUAUAUUAGAUGCUGCUAUAUUGGUUAAUGAAUUGAAAUUAGUUAUUAGGAUUAAUAAGCUAUAUAAUUUAGUUAAAAGUUAA